GUUUUCUGGUCUGUAGAACUAGGCUAUAUUUUUUUGAACAAGGUUAUGUAUAAGCUUAUAAUGUCACAGAGUUAUUUCCGUUUGAAGUUAUGGUAACGUUGUACGUGCAUCUUGCCCUAACACGCAGUCCGGCAUAUGACGCUAAAACGUGAAAUGCAAACGCGCAGAAGGUACCUUGGUGUGCAACAGAUUAUCCGUCGUCUGCUGUGGACCUGCCCUGACUCUCUUCUAGUCUGGGCGUCCAGUUGAGAUGGAGGUGAUGUAAUGGUCAACACCUGGGACCCGGAUGAGUAGCCAUCAGAGAGAUCUCAGAGAUGCAACCUUUCCGGGGGUAGAACUUCGGAGUUCAAGCCACAUCAACGUCAGCAGAAGACAAUAGGACCUGAUACCGCACGACCCAAUACGCCUGGACCCGGCUGGAACGGCACACAUUCGCCAUGCUAGACCUGAGCUAUCUGACAGCGGAGGAGCAGGAGAUGAUCAUGACUGUGCUCAAGAGGGACACAGACCUGAAACAGGCAGAGGAUCAACGCGUCAGGAAGCUGAAAAAGACACUGAAAGACCAGAGCAAGCUGAAGCACAUGACGGGAGAGUGGUUUUAUGAGUCACGGAGGCAGCAGGGCAAGGUCCACGGAUCUGACAUCAUCUCGAGGUCCAUUAUGCAGAAGAAACCUGCAACGUUAUUGGAGCUCACCCAGAGGUGGGAUGUAAACCCCAGCUUUGUGAACAGCAAAAACAAGGAGGUCUUCAUUCCAGCAGAGCUGUCUGGACUGAUAGAGGAGCUGCCAUCUCCGACCAACGAGGAGAGAGGAAAGAAGCAUUUCGUUUUAGAAGAGACAGCUGACAAAAAGAAGCUCACGGCUCCUCUUUCUGCAGAGCAAAAACAGAACCCGAUGAACACGACGCAGCUGGGAGCAGCGGCUUUGGUGGAGAGAGACGGCCAGCUGACCAGCGGAGCCGUGGAUAAAGCUGACGAGGGUAAUCUUGGUUAUUAUGUCCACUCCUGUCUGGUUGGUUCAGGAAAUGGUGAAUACCCUAAACGAGGAAACAUGGCUGUGAGACAAGCAGCUUCCAGACCGAUGUCCAUCUCCAAAAGUCUUAUGGACAUUACGUCUUUGCCGACACCCUCCAACGUGCCCCCACUCCCUGCCUCCUUCUCAGACCCCGAACAGCUGAAGAACAUGUGCAGGUCUGUGCCUGCUUUUGUGCUCGAGGAGAAUGGCGCCCAGAGUCCUAGCCCAUACAGGAGGGACAGCAACUUCACUAUGCGCAGCGGCACCUCUGGUGUGACAUCAGUCUCCUCUGUCACUGGCAGUGUGAUGAGCAUCUACAGUGGGGACUUUGGCAGUGUGGACGUCAAGGGGACCAUCAAGUUCGCUAUCAGCUAUGUGCCGAAGCUGGGCGAGUUCCACAUCUUUGUGGUCCAGUGCCAGGACCUGGCUGUUGGUGACACCAAGAAGAACCGGUCCGACCCUUAUGUCAAGAGUUACCUGUUACCAGACAAGUCCAGGAUGGGAAAAAGGAAAACAUCUGUGAAGAAGAAGACUAUUAAUCCAACAUACAAUGAAAUACUUAGGUACAAAGUGGAUAUGGAGACCCUCAGGACGCAGACCCUGAACGUUUCUGUGUGGCACAAUGACACCUUUGGGCGGAAUAGUUUCCUGGGCGAGGUGGAUGUGGAUUUAUCCAAGUGGGACUUCAGCAACAUGAAGAUGAACGACUUUCUCCUGAAACCGAGGAGUACCUCAAGCCAGCAGCCCCUAGACUACAGAGGAGAUAUACGAUUGGCCCUUCGUUAUCUGCCACAUGUCUCUCACAAUAAGCAGCCGACCGAAAUGGGCGACGUUCAGAUCUGGGUGAAGGAUUGCAAGGAUUUGCCUAUGAUCAGGGGUGCUGCUAUUGACCCUUUUGUUAAGUGCAUGAUGCUGCCUGACACUAGCAAGAAGAGUUGUCAGAAGACGCGGGUUUUAAAGGGGACGUCCAACCCAGAGUUUAACCACACCAUGGUGUACACUAGUCUCCGGCCUGAAGACUUAGGGGAGGUGUGCGUGGAGAUUACAGUGUGGGACCAUGAACGCCUCUCAAACAGCUUCCUAGGAGGGCUGAGGCUUGGCCUUGGUAAAGGUACAAGUUAUGGAACAGCUGUAGAAUGGAUGGAUUCCAAAUCAGAUGAAGCAAAUCUGUGGGAAAGGAUGAUGAAUCAUCAUAAUGAAUGGGUGGAAGAUGUGCUUCAUUUACGAAUGCUCCUGAUGGCCAAAAGUAUGUCGAAAUAAGAGGACUAGGAGGAAUUUCUAUGUGGUGGCUUAGAUAAAACUGACAGUCUUUAGAUUUCUUUAUUUUAAUUUAUACCUCAAUUAAGUGUGGUAUACUGGUAUAGCUGUUAUUUUUGAUGAUGACAUUUUUAAUAUUUUUAACAUUGUGUCAUGUAUUACAACAUUAUCUUUGUUUUUAAAUAUGAAUAUUGUACAUCUAAAAUAUGUGUUCAACUGCUUUCUAAAAGCCUUGACACGUUGUUAUUCAAGUCAAAUAUAUGUUUUUCAUGUUCCUUCUUUAUAUAAAAAAGUGUGGUUCUUGUCUUAGUGUUGACGUUGUCACUUGAAUUUUAUCAUCAGUUUUAAUGAUCCAAUCAUCAUUAAACCAUUUAUCCAGUACAGAGUCCUGGGAAUUUUCUAAAUGUAUGCUAAUUAUUGAGUUCAUUUAUAGACAGCAAAUGUUCAUCUUGGAGGAAUUUAACUGUUGUUAUAUAACAUUUUACUGUACAAUAAAGAGGCACACUUUUAAAAA